AAUCUAGAAGUUGAGGCGACUUCCAGUUGGAGAUUCUUCCGCAUGGAUUGUUUCAAAAUCACGAGGCCUUGGAGUCCCUAAUGAUACAGUCUAUGCCCAAUAUCGAGACUCUGCAAAAUCAGAUGUCUGGUUUGUCUUCUCUAAAGCGAUUGAAACUUAAUUGCUGCCGUAAAAUAGGAAAUUUGACAGGACUCGAAAUCCUAAACUCUCUGGACUCACUUGAUAUAAUGGGUUGUGAUAGUCUUACGGACCUUAAGGGCUUGGAAGGCUUAACUUCCCUCAGAUCCUUAUAUAUUCGACACUGUCUCAAGCUAAGGUCGUUAUCGGAGGGAAUGCAACAUCUGACGCUACUCCGAGACUUGCAUAUCAGUGGAUGUCCAGAGAUACAAUCUUUUCCAGAAGGCAUGCGAAAUUUGAAUUCUCUCCAGCGUAUGGCGAUAUCGGAUUGCGAAGGAUUAAUUACUCUACCAAACUGGCUAGGAAACCUCCAGUCGCUAUCAUACUUAGAGAUUCGGCGUUGUAGUAAUCUGAGGUCGCGGUGCAAGAAAGAGAGUGGCGAGGAUUGGCUGAAGAUAGCUCACAUACCCAAUAUUUGGAUCAAGGACGAUUGACAGACAAUCUAGAAGUUGAGAUUCAUGUCCGGCCGCAUAUUUUGAGUCCAGAUUUGAUUGCAUGGUUAAUCAAGAGAAAUCAUCGAAGUUAGUUCCCAGAAUGAAAAGCUGGGGUUUUAGAUGCAGCAUGCUUUCCAUUUUGAAGGGUUCUGGCCUUCACUGUGUUGAAUAACAGAACUUGAAGCCAAAUUAACAUCAGAAGGGGGUGAUGGAAGAGGAUUUGUUGCUGAAAAAUGAAGAUAGGAAGUUGGUGCCAAUCGCACCAAAGGCGUUUGUGGAAGAGCUGAAGAAGGUGACCGCCAUAGCAGCACCGAUGGUGGUGGUGACAAUGUCGCAGUACCUCUUGCGCAUCGCACCCAUGAUAAUGGUGGGACACAUUAGUGAACUUUCCCUCUCCAGUGUGGCAAUUGCCACCUCUCUCACCAACGUUACCGGCUACAGUGUCCUUUUUGGGAUGGCAGGUGCAUUGGAAACCCUGUGUGGGCAAGCUUAUGGAGCAGAGCAGUAUCGAAAGCUUGGAACUUAUACUUAUGGAGCAAUAUUGUCCCUCAUUCUGGUUUGUCUACCAAUAUCUCUUCUCUGGAUCUUUAUGGAUAAACUGCUUGUGUUCUUUGGCCAAGACCCGGUAGUUUCUUUGGAAGCUGGCAAAUAUGCAAUUUGGCUAAUUCCCUCGCUGUUUCCUUAUGCUAUUCUGGAAUCAAUGGUUCCGUACUUGCAAACUCAGAGCUUGAUCCUUCCAAUGCUUUUAUGCUCAACUGUCACGUUAUCUUUUCACAUACCUCUUUGUUUGGCUUUAGUUUUUAAGUCUGGGUUAGGAACUAAGGGAGCGGCAUUGUCAAUUAGUUUGUCGUAUUGGGUGGAUGUGAUCGCACUUGGGAUUUAUUUGAAAUACUCUCCAGCAUGUGAAAAAAGCCGCGCUCCUUUCUCAAGGGAUGUUUUCCUGAGCAUUGGGGAGUUCUUCCGCUUCGCUCUUCCUUCUGCCGGAAUGGUUUGUCUUGAAUGGUGGUCAUUUGAGCUACUCGUUUUGCUGUCAGGGCUUCUAGCAAACCCAGAACUUGAAUCUUCCGUGCUUUCAAUCUGCCUUACAACUACUUCACUGCACUCCCUCAUACCGUAUUCUAUCGGUGCUGCCGCAAGUACUCGGGUUUCAAACGAAUUAGGAGCUGGGAAUCCCCGGGCAGCUCAACUGAGUGUCAGCACUGUGAUGGUUCUUGCUGUUGCAGAGGCAAUUACGGUGAGCGCGGCUCUCUUUUGUUCCCGCUCCAUUCUGGGAUAUGCAUAUAGUAGUGAGAAAGAAGUCGUGGAUUAUGUCAGAGAAAUGACUCCUAUUCUCUGUCUCUCCAUCAUCAUGGACAGCUUAACGGCAAUACUAUCUGGGAUUGCCAGAGGAAGUGGGUGGCAGCAUAUCGGCGCCUAUGUCAAUUUCGGGGCAUAUUAUCUGGUUGGAAUACCAUUGGCUAUUGUAUUGGGUUUUUUUCAAAAUCUAAGAGGCGAGGGGAUUUGGGAUGGAAUCGUGACAGGAACAAUACUGCAAGUCAUUCUGCUUACUUCUGCAACAUGUCUUACUAACUGGCAAGAACAGGCAAAUAAAGCCAGGGAAAGAAUAUUCAAGGGGAGAAUUCGGGCUGAAAAGUUAAUUGAUCAGUUGAACUAGUGGUUCUCAGGACCCUGCUGCUUUUCCAGGCACCAUUUGAUUUGAGACUUCCACAUUUCUCGAGAUGGCCUGUGAUUUUUUACGCUCCUUUUUUACGUUGAGAAGACGGCAAUCGAAUAGAAGUACAAACUUGGUAUCCGAGAUCGAAAUUGUGUUCCAAAAGAUUCAUCUUUCAGAAUUCAGAUUAUCUUCCAUGUUCAAAAUUUUUCUUUUGCUUCCACUAAAGGAUUAAUCAUCCGGUUGUACUUCAAAAAGUUUUAUUCAUUCCCCACAUGCUAUCAUCUUACUGAGUUUUUCCACCAGAAUGAACUCAUGUUUUUUUCC